ACGAUGAUUGGGGGAAUAUGUGGUUCAGAUAGCCGAGAUAAAAAAGAAGAAGUGACGGUCAUUCCACUAGUUUCCUGUUCAAGAGAUAUAGCAAAACAUUUGGGAUCAUUGACAUCAUUGGCGUUUUCUGGACCGCGAAAUGAGGUAGAUUUGAUCUUGUUUCGAACUGCGAUAUUUAAGAUACCACAGGAUAUAAACGACAUGACAAUAUGCCCAUUCCAUCGCGGGAAACUUGGUUUAGGAUGGACAAGAGGAGCUAGUAUAAGAUGCAGAGUUCUACCUGUUUUGUCACAGCACGGUAACAAAAAUAAGAAAAGUUGGCCCAAGGGUGAAAGAGGGUUGGGAAUAUAUGACUUCCUACAUAUGCUACGAAAGACUGGCGUGUUUAUUCAGUGUGGCUCAG